AUGGAGAACACGGACGCUGACAUGCACUCCAAGUUGACUCAAGAAGCUCCUGAAUACGUGUCCAAGAUCGCACGCAUUGAAGAAAUCGGAGCGCCAAGCAUUGACGUCAUAGAGGUCCGACCGGUUGAGAUAGGCGAGCCAGACUGGAUGUACGACUUGAAGAAUUACAUCGCCAACGGCACUCUACCUGACGACUCCUCCCUGGCAAAGAAAGUUAAGUUGAGGGCACCGCGCUUCCAAUUGGUCGAUGAUAGACUCUACAAAAGAUCAUAUGGUGGACCGCUUCUUCGGUGCUUAACCAGCGACGAGGCGAAAAUUGUGAUGGAAGAAGUUCAUGAGGGGAUCUGUUCUGCCCAUCAAGGACCGAGAACACUCGCGCAAAAGAUCAUUCUGAUGGGUUACUACUGGCCUUCGAUCAACUUGGAUUGCGAGCAGUAUGUUCGACGAUGCGCCACUUGCCAAGAAUUUCACAAGUUACCCGGUCGACCAGCCACCUACUAUCAACCCGUCAGCGAAGUAAUACCAUUUGCGAGGUGGGGAGUGGACCUGAUCGGAGCAUUCCCAAUGGCAGUUGGACGCAAAAAGUAUGUGAUCGUGGCGAUCGACUACUUCACCAAGUGGGUGGAAGCAAAGGCGCUGGCAACUAUCACUUCUCAACAGUGUCAAAAGUUCCUUUGGAAAAAUGUGAUUACUCGUUUCGGGGUACCUGUUCAAUUGAUCACAGACAACGGGACACAAUUUGACAGCCGGCCAUUUAAGAACUUCAUGGCUCAUUUGGGCAUAAGGCAUACCCGGGUGGCCGUAGCUUACCCGCAAGCAAAUGGUCAAGUGGAGAACACCAACCGGACGAUCUUGGAUGGAUUGAAAAAGAAAUUGCAAACUGCGGGUCGAGGCUGGGUUGAUGAGCUUUCGUAUGUUCUUUGGACGUACCGGACCACCCCGCGUCGGGCAACGAAUGAGACACCUUUCUCCCUGACGUAUGGAUUCGAGGCAAGAGUCCCAAUCGAAGCAUGGCUCCCUACCACUCGGGAGAAAAAUUACGAUCCGGAAGAGAAUGAUGAGAUGCAAGGUACGGANUUGAAGAGUGAGAAAAUGGUUAAGGAAAAAUGA